AUGGUAAGCGGUAACGGAUAAUAGGGCACACCGCCGUCGGCAGCAUACACUACUCACUAGUAAUAAGUAAUAACUUAGGUCUAAGAACUCGGGACAAAUUACGCAGAGUACAUCAUUACUAAGUGUGUCUUUAGUUGCAGUUAACACUGGCUAUACAUCCAUACAUUAAACUUUGUUGUGUUUGUUACUUGCUGCUUCGUAUUUUUUAUGCUGUCGGCUACGGUCAAGCCCCAAGGCUAGUGUAGUGUACACUGUACGAGCGGGCAGUUACGGACUGCGGUGGUGACUUCACUCAUCAGUCUUGUCAGUUGUCUGGCCGGCCGCCGGUGGUUGAUUACAGUGUUUUCGUACAGUGCGGCUUCAGUUUGUUAUAAAUGUAAAUAAUAUUCUUAACAGAGUUUGUUUUUACUUUGUGGUUAACAUUAAUGUAAUCAUUUUUGGGUAAUUAUUUAUUAUUUCGCCAUAAGAAAUCAGUGUUCUUCCAGUUUAAAACGACGAGCGAACGCUAAAAUUAAACAACAUUAUUAAAAAAUCAAAAUGCCACGAACAAAGAGAAGAACAGUCAAGCGAGCGUCGUCUGAUGAGGAUAAUAUGACUGUAAAUAUGACUGUUGAUAAUCAAACAAAAAAUAUAAAACAGCUCUUGGAAGAGUUUGAAUCCGAAAAACGAAAUAUCGAAGACAACUUCUAUGAUGCUUUUGAAAAUUCAAGGAACGCAAUAGAAAAUGCAUUUUUAAUGAUAAAAAUGAAUUUAGGCGACAAAUUAUUAAAACAAAACCUCCAAGAUUAUCUUCUUGAAAAUAGUGCAGUCAAAUCUGCUAAAGGAUCCGAACGUCUCGCUAGACCAGUUACCAAAUCUGCUGCUAAUGGUGGAACCACUAGAAAAAAAAGUGCAUCUGCCGGUAGAUCUAAACAAACAAGCUCUACCGCUACAGUAACCAAAAACCGUAGUAAAACGCAAAGUGAAGAAAGACCGCCGCUAUCUGAAAAAAACAAUGAACCCAAGUUUAAGACGCCAAUGAAUCGACCACCGAUGCCAGCUUCAGCAACAGUUACACCUAAAGUAAAUAUGAACGAGCCUAUAUCCAUGAUGAGGCGUCCAAAUCAAGGUGAAGUAGCUCUUUCAAUGACCGGCAGUCCUUUAAUGGUAUCAUCCGUUUCUAGAGACGAUAUGGCUACAGUCAGCGUACCAUUGGCAAAUGGAAACGUACUCUCGAUAUUGCCCAGAGCUGGUGCUACAAUGGAUAUAUCUUUCGACGAACAGACCAAACACGAAUUGCUUCUUCUCAAAGGUAAUAUUGAAGGGUUAUUAAAAAUGAAUAAUGGUAUAUAAACUUGUAACAAUGGUUCAUUAAAUUUUUUUAUUUUAUCAUUAUUUUUUUUAACUUUGUGCUAAUACAUAAUAGGUUAUGAGUAAUAUAUUAAUUUUCUGUGGUAAAUUAUAUUUUAUUUUUCUAUUGGACGAGGAUACACAUUUUGAUUGAUAUACCUCUACAUAUUUAGAUAUGUAAAUUGUAAAAACAGACAUUUUAGGUUCAAAUAUUUGUUUUGUUAAUUAAAUGUUAAUGUGUGAAUAA